UAACUCUUCGGUUCUCCUCCCCUACAGCUAGUUUCGUUUCUCUCUCCUCUGAAGCCAUCCUGAAACUGUUUUCUUCCUUGAAGGCGUCUAGAGAGGAUCUCGAUGGCCGAGCUGCAGCCCCUAGCCGAUGAGCUGACCUGCUCCAUCUGCCUGGAGAUCUUCCAGGAGCCCGUCACUACCCCAUGCGGCCACAACUUUUGCUGGCCCUGCCUGGACGAGACGUGGACCGGCCAGAGCUUCCAAUUCUCCUGCCCCCAGUGCCGAACACUCUUCCAGGAGAGGCCACAGCUGAAGAAGAACACGGUGCUGUGCGCAGUGGUGGAGCAGCUGCAGCAAGCGCAGAGCCGCUGGGAUUGGGGGCAGCCCCACAGUGCGUCCCAAGAUGGCGAGCCCUUGGACCUGCCGUCGGCGAAGGAUGAAGCGGCGGGGAUCGUGGCCUGUGACUACUGCUUCCAGGCUCCUGCGGCCAAGACGUGCUUCACCUGCAUGGCAUCCUUCUGCCAGGAGCACCUGCGUCCGCACCUGGACAACCCCACGUUCCACGGCCACGAGCUGCAGGCGCCCGUCGGGGACCUGGCCAGUCGCAAGUGCCCUGAGCACAGCCGCUUGCGUGAAUUCUUUUGCUCUCAGCACGGCGUCUGCAUCUGUUGCAUCUGCCUGGUAGAGCACAAGACCUGCUCCCCGGUGGCCCUGGACGUGGCCACGACCGAGCUGAAGUCUAAGAUGAAGCAGAAGCUGACAACCGUAUAUGGUCAUAUCAAUAUGGCUUCAAGUGCCUUGAGAGAUGUAAAGUUGAAACAGCAUGCAGUCCAGGAUACAGCAGCUAGAAAGAUGGACUUGUUGAAACGUGAAUAUGAAGAAAUGAAAGUCCUCAUUGACUCAGAGGAGAAGAGUGCUCUAAAGAAGCUGAAAGAUGAAGAAAAGAGAGUUUUGGACAAAUAUGACCAUAUUCAUCAGGUCCUGCUCAAGAAAAAAGGGGAAAUUGAGUCUAUAAAAGAAGAGAUUGAACGUUUGCUCACGAAAAAUGAUGAGAUUGCCUUUUUGGAGAAAGCCUCAAAGCUGCAAGAACUUGUCAUCAGGGCUGUGUAUGUACCAAAGAAUGAAUUAGACCAAGAGAUGAUCCACAAUGUUUAUCAAGGUGCCUACUCCCUUAAAGACUUUUUAAAACAGAAAAUAAACAACCUUCAAGAGAAGAAAACAGAGGAGGCUACUAGUCCAGAUGAUUCUGGAAAACCUUCGUCUUUCUUUGGACCAACAUAUCCCAACAGAGAGUAUCGCCAAACAAGACGGAUGCCCAGGGACAAGCCAGGGGACAAAGCAGAGCCCAAGCCACAGAAGCAGCAGCAAGAGAAAAGUGGGGUUACAGAUGAGAAACAGGAAAAGAAACCUAAAAAACCUACAUCUGCUACUGCAGCCACCCCCAGUCUGAAUCCCAGUGUAGGAUCUGUGACAGACUUAACAAAAUUAAAACCAGCCCUCCUAGAGACUAUAGAAAAAGCCAGUGCCUUACCAAAGAAUUCACCAAAUCGGAAGACACAAGUACUAGAGGCCUUCUUGGCAAAGUCCAGACCAGAGCUCCUGCAGUAUGCUACUCGAGUGGUUCUGAAUUACAACACCGCCAACCACAAAGUGGCCUUGUCAGAGAACAACACUGUAGCAACCGUGGCCACUGUCCGCCAGCCCUACCCACCCCACCCUCAGAGAUUCACCCACUGCUCUCAGGUGCUUGGCCUGCAGGGUUACGAUUCGGGAGUCCAUUACUGGGAGGUGGAGCUGCAGAAGAACACCUUUUGUGGCAUUGGCAUCUGCUAUGGGAGCAUGGAUCGUAAGGGUUCUGACAGCCGACUGGGCCGCAACUGCUCCUCCUGGUGCGUGGAGUGGUUCAACACCAAGAUCUCCACUUGGCACAACGAUGUGGAGAAAAACCUGCCCCUCACCAAGGCCACCAGGAUUGGUGUGCUCCUGAAUUACAAUGACGGCUUUGUCAUUUUCUUUGCCAUCACAGAUAAAGUUAACCUUAUCUAUAAGUACAAGGCAGAGUUUUUGGAAGCAGUGUACCCAGCCUUCUGGCUGUUCUCCAAUGGUACCACUCUAUCUAUCUGCCCACUGAAAUAGGAAGUAGUUUUACUUAAAGGGUGGGACCCCGGUGUUCACACUCCAUCCAACUCAGGUUACAUCCUGUGAUGAGUUCGAAUAACUAUCCUCUGAGCUAAGGCUGUCUGGUUAUAGGAGAAGCAAUCUACUCCCAUACCAUGAUGGCAUUCUUCUUUGGAUCAUUUUACAGAUAAUUCCGUGUGAGGUUGGGAAGUGGAUUUGGGAAGGGGAAGUACAUUCAUGUUGAUAGUGGGGGAGGAUGGCACUUAGGGUUCAGUUAAGCUGAAUUUUAAGGCCUAAAAUCACCUUCUCAUUAGGUAAUAUGACCUCUCAAAGUUGUACUGGCCAGUGCUGGUAAUACCAGGCCAUUGGGCAGUUCGCAGAGGCUUAGAUCAAUGCUAACCCAAUCCCUAGAAAAGUAUGAGUAGUACAGGCUGUCCUACUGGGUUGCACCCUGAGGGUUGGGUUUAGCUUAUGUGGUAUAACCUUGCCAUCCUUCCUUUCUCCUUCCAACCCUAACUCUCAUGAUUAUCUUCAUCUUUUUGAUUUUUUAAAGUAGUGAUGUAGAAAGAGAAGCAUUUGAUAUUGGGACCUUGAUGCCAACCUCCUUCCCCACCCCCAACCCCAGUAGUUUUAACUCAUAAGCCAAAAAAUUUCAAGAGCUUUGCUGACUAGUCAUGUGCUGCUAUUGUGGUAAAUUAUAGUAACUUGUUAUUGCAUAGGGAAGAGGAGGCUAUAUAUUUUCACGUCCUAAGAGAAGAAAUUCUUCAAUAAUUCUUUACCGAGGAUUAAAAUUUUAAAAAAGAAA